AUGGCACGUCGUGUUGAAAAUAAUUCUACUCAAACAGUUGCUAUUGUCGGUGGUGGACUCGGUGGUACUUUAUGUGCUUUAUUUUUCGCUAAACAUGGCAUUAAAGUUCAUUUAUUUGAACUUCGAUCAGAUAUUCGUACACAAAAAGUUGUUAAAGGUCGAAGUAUUAAUAUGGCAUUAUCUCGUCGAGGUCGUGAUGCCCUCGCUUAUGUUAAUUGUGAAGAUAUGAUUGUUCGAAAUGGUAUACCAAUGCGUGCACGAAUGUUACAUGACCUUAAGUGUCAUACAACGCCUGUCCCAUAUGGUACUCGUCCGGAACAUGAAGUCAUAUCAAUUGAUCGUCGUAUUCUUAAUGAACUUUUACUAGACGAGGCAUCGAAAUAUCCUCAAAUCAAUAUUCAUUUUCAACAUAAAUUUGUUCAUUGGAAUUCAGAAGAAAAAAGUGCAACAUUUCAAACUGCAUCCGGUGAACAUGUUGACUUCAAAGUCGAUGGUUUAAUUGGUUAUGAUGGUUGUCAUUCCGGUGUUCGUGCAGCAAUGAUGAAACUCGAUUCAGUUGAUUUCUCUCAAGAAUAUAUUGAUACGAAUUAUAUGGAAUUUUGUAUUCCAGCAAAAAACAACGAAUAUGCUAUGGCAGUAAAUUAUCUUCAUAUAUGGCCACGUCAUGAAUUCAUGUUAAUUGCUUUGCCAAAUCAAGAUAAAUCAUUUACAACAACACUUUUUUUACCAUUACCUAUAUUUCAAAAAAUAACAACAACUGAUGAACUUUUGACAUUUUUUCAAACACAUUUUCCUGAUGCGAUUUCAUUUAUUGGACGAGAAAAUUUAAUUGAAACAUAUUUUUCAUCACAACCAUUACCACUUGUUUCAAUAAAAUGUUCACCACAUGCAUCAGUCGAUGGAAAUAUUUUAUUGAUGGGUGAUGCUGCACAUUCAAUGGUUCCAUUUUAUGGCCAAGGAAUGAAUGCAGCAUUUGAAGAUACAUUAGUUCUAUUUGAAAAAUUAAAAGAAAAUAAUUUUCAAUUAUCAAAAUCAUUCAUUGAUUACGAUAAAAAUCGUCGAGAAAAUGCACAUGCAAUUGUUGAUUUAUCUAUGUACAAUCAUCAUGAAAUGAGACAUUUAGUAACUCAACGUUCAUAUUAUUGGCGUAAGAAAAUCGAUAAUUUCUUAUAUCGUAUAGUACCACAAUGGUGGAUACCACUUUAUACAAUGGUAACAUUUACAAGAAUUCCAUAUAAACAAUGUUUAGAAUUACGAAAAAGACAAGAUAAUAUAUUAAAAAUUCUUCGUCUUAUUGGUUAUUCUAUUAUUGGAUUGUAUGCAUUGAAACAAUUUGCAAUUUAUGUUAUUAAACCAUUCGCUAUUCAAUUUAUUGUACGAAAAAUUUUACCAAAAAUGGUAGCUGAUCAAGUGGUUUAA